CCUCCAGGAGGAAUCUUCGCGGAUCGUGUCUGGUGCUGGGAAAGGUUGCUUGCUCGGCUUGGAUAGCGAUUGCUCUUUGCUGCUCAAGAGGGGAAGAGGGUUGUGGUUGUUUUCUGUGGCCUUAGACAUAAGAUUCUGCCAGCGAAGGACAGCAGGCAGAGACGUUAAGGUUUCCAAGGUGAUCGGGCUUCUCUCGAAGGUAAAGGCGAAUCGUUUGCAAUCUUAACAGUCUGCAAAGUUUUAACGCCUGCUGCCUGCAUCCUUUCCCUGCCUCGGAUACACUUGUUGGGGUGUUGAUUUCUACAGUGAUGUGCAUUCGAAGAAGGCUCUUGUGCAAACAUCUGGGCCAUUCAGGUUGGUCUUUGAAUAAAGGAGAAUUUUAUUCAGCAAAGAGCUUUCAUUCCGAGGGGAAGUUAAAGGAAGAAUCAUAAGUAACAGAAAAACAAGGCAAUUAUGUCCUGAAAAAGCCACAGAAGCAAUUGUGGAGUGAAGCAGGAGAAAUUGGACUCGGUGUGAUAUUUUUGUCAUAAAAGGCUCCAAGAGGAAGAGAGAAGACACUCUGCAGAGAAUGAAAGAGUGUAGUGUAAAAAUGGAGACCAGAGUCUCUGAGAUUCAGAUCGAAACUAAGGAGGAGAAGGAGCCAGUAGCUGUUAGUCCUCAGGAAGAGAGGCAGCAGAGAAAAGCAGCCACUCUUUGCUUCAAGAGGAGGAAGAAAGCUGGCAAGAUGAAGCCAAAAGCUGGUUCCAAGACUGCUGAGGUGACAAAGCAUCCCCCAGAAGCUGAGGCUUCUGGGCAGCCACAGCCAGCGGGGGCCUGGGCCUCCAUCAAACGCCUUGUCACACACAGGAAAAGGUCAGGGUCUUCAGAGACGCAGAAGCCGUCUGAGGCUGACGUGCAGCCCGAGGACACGGCUCUUCCUAAGAAAAAGGCCAAAUCCAAACUCAAGAUACCAUGCAUAAGAUUCUCCAGAGGGGCAAAGAGAAGUCAUCACUCUAAACUCACAGACGACUCAGACUACAACCUCAGAGUCCAGGGAGGGGCUGACGACUUGGAGAUAAAAACCCAGACCCAGUCGACUGACCAAGCUAAGGCCACAGAGGGCCCACAGGAAGGUGGGUUGGUAGAGGAAUGUAAGGCGGCCCAAGAGUCGCAUGUCAGCAACAGCAUCACAUCUAGAGAGAAUGUGAUCUCUGUAGAACUGGAAUCAGAAAAGGAGGCUUCUGCUGUUCAGAUGGGAACUCCAGUGCUGGAAAAGGAACCUAAAGGGAUUAAGGAAAAGCCAAGUGUACAAGCGCAGCAAGCAAGUCCAGUGGAGAGUUCAGGGGCAGACAGCCCCCGGCCAGCGACUUCUGAUGUUCCUGCCUCGCCAGCAACCGCAUAUCAACGCAGCGUGGAAGGACCCAGUGAUGGCAUCCAAGAAAGUGCACCAAGUAGGAAAGACGACAGAAGUGGAAAGAGUACAACUGGAGAAAGGAAAGCCGGAGAAAUUGUGCUGGACCAGGCGGAAGAAACUACAUUGAGCCAGGAAGCUGCUGGCAGCCAGGCAGACAAGAGUGCAGUGAUCCAGGCAGAGGAAGGUAAACUGAAUCAGGCAGAGGAAGCCCCUGUGACUGCCAUGGCCCAGACAGAGGAAGGUAAACUGAGUCAGGCAGAAGAAGUUUCAGUGGUUCAGGCAGAGGAAGCCCCCAUGGCCCAGGCAGAGGAAGCCCCCGUGGCCCAGGCAGAGGAAGCCCCCAUGGCCCAGGCAGAGGAAGCCCCCAUGGCCCAGGCAGAGGAAGCCCCCGUGGCCCAGGCAGAGGAAGCCCCCGUGGCCCAGGCAGAGGAAGCCCCCGUGGCCCAGGCAGAGGAAACUGUCAUGGCCCAGGCAGAGGAAGCCCCCGUGGCCCAGGCAGAGGAAGCUACCCUGGGCCAGGUACCAGAUCUGAAAGAAAAUGGAAUCGAUACAGAGAAACCCAGAUCAGAAGAAAGCAAAAGAAUGGAACCAAUUGCUAUUAUCAUUACAGACACUGAAAUCAGUGAAUUUGAUGUUAAGAAAUCUAAAAAUGUCCCCAAGCAAUUCCUGAUUUCAAUGGAAAAUGAGCAAGUAGGGGUUUUUGCUAAUGAUAGUGAUUUCGAAGGGAGAACUUCAGAACAAUAUGAAACACUCUUAAUAGAAACAGCCUCUUCUCUCGUCAAGAAUGCUAUCCAGUUGUCUGUAGAACAGCUGGUUAAUGAAAUGGUUUCCGAGGAUAAUCAAAUAAAUACUCUGUUACAGUGACUUCAUUUCCAGAUCAUGGGAAAGAAAGAAAACAACUCAAAGAUGUUUAUACAUCUGUGGCACUUCUUUCUCAGUAAUAAAUUAAAGGCUUGUCAUCUGUGGAAUUUAAAGGUGCAGUUCCAGCCCAGAAGUGCUUAAGAGUAAAUGAAGUUUAUAAAACUCAUUGAAACACAGUCACUUCUGGACUGGAGGGAGUCAGCACAGAUCACAAGGUGCGGUGACAUGCAGGAAGGUGCAGAAAUGACAUGAUGAGUCUUGAGGAGGUCUACUUAUUGAGCACUUGGUAUGCUGUAUGGCCCUUGCUGUUGCCGAAUGUCAUGAAGUCUGGGUCUUUCCUGAUGGUUCGACCCUGUAUAUAGGUGAACAUUGCCUUCACUUUUCUUUUACAGUAUGUUUUCCUGUUGUUUCUAGUGGUGAAUCAGGUGAGCUGGUGUCUAGUCCCACAUGGGUUCCUUACAAAAGCCAUUCACAGGUUCCUUCAGCCAGGCGAGUAGUUAACAAGUGUGGAAGCGUGGAAUGCUUUUUCUUCUCUCCCCGUCUUCCUUCUGCCCAGCAGACCUGUGUAUACCCGUCUCCGUGUGGACCUAUCUGAUGAGAUGUUAGAAAUAAAUAAAGGGAAUAGUAUUUCUCCUAGACAACAAAGGAUGCCCUUGGCAGAGCGACUCUUAAAGGCCCAGGAAAACCAUAAUAUUCUUGUGAAACUAUUUCUUCUUCACCAAACAUGAACCAUGUAUACAACUGAAUAAAAAGUCAUAAUUCAUGCUAAAGCAUAGAUUUUUUUUCAACACCAGUGUUUUUCAUUGUGUCUAACCACGAUCCUGUAACAUACUUCCCAACCCCACGGGUUAGGGGUCAUACUGUACAGCACCGCUGCCCCCCCCCCACUAUCUAACCUAAGUGAUGAUGUUACUACUUGUUACAACAGAUGCAGGACAGACGGUAUGAUGGCUGUUGAAGAGCAUCUGGAGGCAUAGACACCAAUGAUUUUCAUCGGCUCUGCAUAUACAGUGUUUAUGGACUGCAUAUGUAUACAUUGCUUUUUCCUAUACUUUCAUUUUGUAAAUAUAUAUUGUGAUCUCUUGCAGAAGUAACUAAUGUGGCUUUGGAAUUUAACCAAAUGGUGAAUGUUUAGCAAGACUCUUAACUGGAAUGUGAAGCUAUUUCCUGCAGGCUUGCCUAUCUUCGUGUUUUAAAUUUAGCCAGAUAAAAACACAUGACCCCCCCAAUAAGUUUCUUUUAAUUGUGUACCUUUUAGACAUAAAAGUCACUGCUAAGGCAUCUUUGAGAGAAUACUUUAACCCACUGUGUAUGGUGCUAAUAGACUUGUAUAGCUACCAGCAAGUAUGUUUAAAAUGAACAGUUUUAAAUACCUGAUUAAGGCUCGUGUGCUUUGCAGCAUUUUAAAUCAUCCUGUAUCUGUUUACUAUAUGAAUGGCUCCAAGCCAAUAUACUUACAUUAAAGUUUCUAAUAAUCUUAUGAAUGAGCAAAAGCUAUAAAAUACAUAACACUUAGCAAUUACUGAGGAUAUUUUGGAUUGCGGAUUUUGAAAAACAGACACAAAGUGAAUAUGUAAUUUUGGAGGUAAGAAGGUAGCCCCAAGUUUCAAGUUUUGGUGUGUGAGUGUGUGUAUGUGUGUUCCCUAUACUGCUAUUUGAUAAAUACACCAUUGUUUAGAAUGCAUCGUGAUUUGUUGUUUUUACAAGAAAAUGUAUUUUCAUUCAUUCUUAAUUGGUGUCUCUGGAUUUCCUAGGAACUUAAAUAGAGUUUCCAUCUGGAAAUAGAAUACAGAAAUUCAUCAGUGGGUUGCAAUCUGAUAUAUCUGCUAUAUGGCCAAAUCAUAGGGAAACUGUUCUAUUGUUACAAAAACAAGCAGGAGCCAGAGGGAUGGCUUGGAAAUUACCAUAUUUUAUGAUGGUAGGAUAUAUUUCAAGCAAUUUGACCUUCUAUGAAACAUAUGAAGGUUCUCAUUCAAUUUACACUCUUUUGGGCUUAAACUGGCCAGUUUAAAGGCAUCAUUAAUCACUCACAUUCAUUUCCAUUGAAACUUGCCUUUAAUGAACAUUUAUCAGCUAGGAUCAGGUUUCUUUUUGAACUUGGAACUUUCUAAGUUGCUGAGGGGUCUAUCAGAUACUUGAUAAUUUUUUAAUAUAUCCUCUUCACCCUCUUAAGAGUUGAGCAUUGUUCACUCCUUACAACACAGAGAAUAUAAGCACUUGUCGCAAUUGUGUGUGUGUGUGUGACUAUUCACUUAACAUUUUUUUCAAAGCACUUUUUAGGAUAUUAAAAAUAGUACCUGGUAACAUUUAAGUAAAGGUAGCAGAAAACAAAAGAACUUUCCAGCAGCAAUCAUGUUCCUUGCCACCUCCUCCUCCUCCAAGAAUAAUAAGCAUGUGGCACAAAUGGAGUCUUGGAGAAGCUGUCUGCAUAAUUUUCCUCCAAGGCAAUGGGGGUGACAGCGUGAAGAUGGCAGUGAUCUUAAUUGGUCUACUAUUUAGUGGAGUCUUAGACACAGCUUUAUUCCUGAAAGAUGAUGUGUGGCCUGUAAGAAGACCCUGGGCCAGCUUUGCCUGUACAUGUAGCCCAGAGUUCAUUUCAUCUGCAAAUGUCUAACUUCAAUUUGCCUUAUUUUUUAUAGUUGAGAAUUUUGUAAGGGGUUGUGGCAGGAUUUUUAAAACAACUGUUAGACUUUCGAACCCCGUUGUUUGAAAAGGUCCCUUUGUCGGCUUUCCUGAGUAAGUAUUCUGCUUUCUAGUUUAAUACUAACUAUGCCAGGACUUGAAUUUUCUGCCUGCCAUUUUUGCAUUUUUUAAAAAAAUAGUUUCAUAUAGGUUGUAGAGUUCUUUAGGUUCAAGCUCCUGUCUUACUAUGUAACAAAGUUUCUUAUAUGGAAUUGAAAUUUUCAGUCCAUACUUCAUUUUAUCACACAUUUCUAAAGGGAUUUUUUGUAAUGAUCCUUGAUGACAAAAAUUUGUUAGAAUGAAUCUACAUAAAGUGUAGGUGCCCCAAUUAAGUCAGAUCCAACAUGUAUUAGGCUUACCGCCUGUCUAUACCCUGAUAGUAGGACCUCCCACAGCUCCUCCUGGGAAGGGUAUGCGUGUGCUGGGGGAAAGAAAGUGACAACAGAAGCCAGGACAGGGGGAAAGUCAGAAUCAGACAAUGCAAAAAGCUAAAUGCUAAACAGGGAAGAAGAAAGAAUGGUUUUGUCUGGAAUGGGGGAGCUGGGACCUGAAUGCAGUGGCAUUCUGAUGUGUGACCAGGUGCAGGAGAAAGGCCCUCAUAAUGCCACAUGUGUCAGCUCUUGGCCUGUAGAAGUAUUGAGUGGAUGAGCCAUUAUAAAAUAAGAGUACCAUUUUGUAUUCUCCUUAAAAGUAGUAUUCCUGUGAAUCAGAGGCUCAUAUAAAAGAAACAAUACUCUCUAGAGAAAAGGUCUUCAAGCUGAAUUAAUUGAUGUACUGACUAAUACAGAAUAAAUGUUAUAUUAGCUUA